GGCGAUAUGCGUUUUUCAGGCGAUGCUAUCAGAGUGACGUAUAAUGUAGUGGACGGGACGCUUCUUCAACAACAUCUCGUCAGCCACCUCGGUAGCUUCCUAGCGGAAACGUUCAAGCUGUUCAGACUGCUUCGGUCUAUAUUUACUUCUGUUUUUGGAACAUAAUUCUGUCUUUUAACUAGUUUCCCCAUUUCAUGUCAUAUAUCCGUUUAGUCAGGUAACGGUAGCUGGCUUGAUAAAUGAGCCUAUCACUAGGCUAGUCGCUAACUAGCUAGGUUAGCUGGCUAACAUCCCCGACCAUGAGCUCAGCAAGCUGCUGCCCUCCUGCUAAAAAAGAGGUCUGCUGGAAGGAGAAAGAAGGUAUUUGGCUGAACGUUGUCGUGAAAGAGGAGAAUGAAGAGGAGGAUGUCACAGUAAACGAAGAAGUAGAGGGUGAGGCUGUUACACAGAAAGAAGAGGAAGAAAACGAUUAUACUUUUUUUGGAGUGAAUGAAGGAGAGAUAACUGUCAUAUUGAAGGAGGAGGAGAGGGAAGAAGAGGAGGAGACAGAAGAUCUGAGUAACACCAGAGAGAGACCAGACUCUCCUUCUGACAGCAGGAAGAGUCCUUCAGGGAAACCAGACCCCGAGACGUCCAAACCAGCAGGACGACAUCACUGCUCCCAGUGUGGAAAGAGUUUUACUCAGUUAGGGAGCCUGAGAACACAUAAGAGAAUACACACUGGAGAGAAGCCUUACCACUGUUCCCAAUGUGGAAUGACGUUUACCCAGUUAGGGAGCCUGAGAACACAUAAGAGAAUACACACUGGAGAGAAGCCUUACCACUGUUCCCAAUGUGGAAUGACGUUUACCCAGUUAGGGAGCCUGAGAACACAUAAGAGAAUACACACUGGAGAGAAGCCUUACCACUGUUCCCAAUGUGGAAUGACGUUUUCCCAGUUAGGGAGCCUGCAAACGCAUGAGAGGGGACACACAGGGGAAAAGCUUUUCCAAUGUUCCCAUUGUGGAAAGAGUUUUGGCCAGGUAGGAAACCUGAACAAGCAUGAGAGGACACACACAGGUAAGAAGAUGUACCGCUGCUCCCAGUGUGGAGAGAGAUUUACCCGGUUAAGGUACCUGAAAGAGCAUGAAGGAAUACAUACAAAUACACAGGAGGAGAAGACAUACCACUGCUCUCAUUGUGGAAAGACAUUUUCCCAGUCAGAGAACCUGAAAACACAUGAGAGAAUCGAGAGGCUGUGUUCUGACUUGUGUUUUUGACUGAGAAUGUGUGUGUUUGUUUGGGCUGUCAGACUUGAGUUCACUUUGUGUAAUGUUAGUGCACUAUUUUUAAUUGUGAUUAAUCCAUUGUCUGAAAGGGUUAAAAACACUGAAAACAUCCAGAAUACAUCCUAUAUACAGCUACAAUCUACAAUGCCAUGUAAACACAAGAUGACAUUGAGGUUAAAUAAAGUGUGAUUUAUCAAUGGAACAUAU